AUGUCUCAAUAAUUUGUUGGAAUAAAUGGAGAAUAGACAGGUCUUGGAUUUACCAAUAGAGAUUAAGGAGCCAAGGUUGAAGAGGAUCAAGGUUUAAUUGACUUCAAAAUUAUAACAAAUAAUGGUAAUCAUGACAGAAUGAAAAUGUUAAUUGACUUAAAAAAUAUAUUUGCUCGUCAACUUCCUAAAAUGCCUAAAGAAUAUAUUGUUAGAUUGGUAUUUGAUCGAAAUCAUGAAUCUAUGUGUAUUAUAAAAGUAUUUGAUUAUUUAUUAAUUAGGAUGAUACAAAAGUUAUCGGAGGUAUAUGUUAUAGAAAAUAUCCCACUUAAAGAUUUGCUGAAAUUGCUUUUCUAGCUAUUACAGCAAAUUUGUAAGUCAAAGGAUAUGGAACAAGAUUGAUGAAUAAAUUCAAAGAACAUAUUCAAAAAUAGGAUGUUGAAUAUUUGCUUACUUAUGCAGACAAUUAUGCUAUUGGAUAUUUUAGAAAAUAAGGAUUCUAUUAGGAAAUAAAAAUGCAUCCAGAUAAAUGGAAGGGAUUCAUCAAGGAUUAUGAUGGAGGAACAUUAAUGGAAUGUUAUGUACAUCCUAAUAUAGAUUAUGGAAACAUUAGUGAUCUUAUUAGAGAAUAAAAGUAGGUAUUAUAUUUUAUAAUAUUAAGCUCAUGAUAGACAUCAUUAAAAAGUUAACAUUGAAUGAUCGAGUAUAUCCAGCUAUUGAAAAAUAGAAUUAUAAAGUUGAAACUUCUAAUGGAGACAGACCAGCAGUUAAACCAGAAAGUGUUUAAGGAAUUAUGGAGAGUGGAUGGACAAUUGAAGAUUAUAAUGAAUUGAAAAAAUAAAAGGAAAAGACCUUUAUGAUUUCAUGUUAGUAGAUAAUUGAUACUAUGAGAAAACAUAAAUCAGCAUGGCCAUUCCUUGAACCAGUCAAUAAGGAUGAUGUUCCUGAUUAUUAUGAUGUGAUUACUGAUCCAAUUGAUAUUAAGUCUAUUGAAAAGAAAUUACAAAAUAAUUAGUAUACUUCAAAAGAUCUCUUUAUAAAGGAUGUUAAGAGAAUAUUUACUAAUUGCAGAAAUUACAAUUAACCUGAUACAAUUUAUUUUAAAUGUGCUAAUGAAUUAGAGAGAACCAUUGAUGAUUAUCUUAAAAAAUUAAAAGAUGAAUCUUAAAUUCCUGGAGUUAGUAAGAAGAUAAAGAAGACAAAUAAUAAAUGA